GACCACUUAAACUUCUUAUAAUCUCUUAUAAGAUGUCUUCGUACUUUAGCCUCUUUAUAUUUUUAUACGUACUUAAUAUAUCAUUCUGUGAAAUGUUUACUUCGAUGAUGAGCGUGAAUCAAGCUGUUUUCGCAGAAAAACAACUAAUCGAUCAUUUAAGAUUAUACAUAGAACUGGAAAUACAAAGACUUGACGAUAUUAAAAGGUUCUUUUCAAGAGUCACAUCAUUGCACAGUGGCGUGUACAAUGAGCCAUCAGCUACCAUAGCUAAUCCAAUUGUUGCAUUCAAACUGAUCAAAAGACUUCAGUCUGAAUGGUUGAAUGCAGUCUAUACAAAUGAAGCUGAAGAGAAUAUCAAAGCUCUUAGGGAGGGCUACAGGAAGAUGGAAGUCAGCUUACCCAAGCUGGAGGACCUUCAGGGGGCAGCGCAGGGGCUGAUGAGACUUCAGGAUGUGUAUGAUCUACGUGUGGAGGGACUUGUGCAAGGUCACUUCCAGCAAAUCACAAAUGGAAAUGCUGUUGACAUUUACAAACCCCCUGUGUCUGAUACACUCUCUGGGGAUGAUUGUUUCCUUCUUGGAAAGGUGGCCUAUGAUUUGGAAGAUUACUACCAUUCCGUGCAGUGGUUUGAGGAGGCAGUUCGUCUCUUUCGAGGAACAGAAUGGAGUCCAGAAAAUGAAGGCACACUUGAAGAUGCCCUUGACCAUUUAGCUUUCUCUCAUUUCAAGACUGGAAACAUAUCCUACGCCCUCAGUCUCUCUCGGGAACUAUUGCUUCAUGAUCCUAUGAACAGAAGGGUAUGUCUCAAUGUGGAGAAGUAUGAGAAGCUCCUUGAUGAAAGUCCGCCUGUUACUAACCAACGCUUGGCUUUGAAAAGGGCUGACACCACUUAUCUGAGAACCAGGAAUGUCUAUGAGAAGCUCUGCCAAACAAAAGGAUCUCAGCCAAAACAUUUUGAGAACCCCAGGUUGUUCUGUGACUAUUUCACCAAUGGCAACCCUGGUUUACUUCUGCAACCAAUUAAAAGAGAGCUAAUCAGCCUGCACCCUUAUGUUGUGCUCUUCCAUGGUUUUGUCACUCGACCUGAAGCUAAAAGCAUCAGAGAAUAUGCAAUGCCAGGGCUUAGAAGAUCAGUGGUGGCAUCAGGAUUAAAUCAGGCCACUGCAGAAUAUCGGAUCAGCAAGAGUGCAUGGCUUAAAGAGUCGGUCCAUGAGAUUGUGGGCAAGGUGGAUCGACGCAUCACUAUGGUCACUGGGUUGAAUGUGCAGCCUCCUUAUGCUGAAUAUCUCCAAGUGGUAAAUUAUGGCAUUGGAGGACACUAUGAACCUCAUUUUGACCAUGCGACAUCUGACUCGAGUCCAUUGUACAGGCUAAAAACUGGAAAUCGAGUGGCUACAUUCAUGAUAUAUUUGAGCUCUGUGGAAGCAGGAGGAUUCACAGCCUUCAUUUACGCUAACUUCAGUGUUCCUGUAGUGGAGAAUGGGGCUCUCUUCUGGUGGAAUCUUCAUAGAAAUGGUCAAGGAAAUGGUGACACUCUUCAUGCUGGCUGCCCUGUCAUUGUUGGCGAUAAAUGGGUUGCCAAUAAGUGGGUUCAUGAGUAUGGACAAGAGUUCCGACAUCGUUGUAGCCUUAAUCCUGAGGAGUAAAGGAAGCAUGAGACCAUUUAAAGUACAAGAGUCAACCCCCUUAAAGGAGCAA